GCCGCACAAACCCAGAACGAGAGAUCGGACGACGUCAGUGCAGCCAGUGGCACCACCCCUUUGCCGAUUCGCAGGUCACCGCCGCGCGCCCCCUUUGUCGAAUUACGGCUCGCUUCUCGAGUUGGGGGAAGUGAGGAGGAAGGAGGAGGAGGAGGCGCGGUUGCUGUCAUGCCUCCUCACCAGAUCAGCCGGAGCCUGCGAAAUGCGGGGUGCUUCGACCGUACACUGCCGUCGCUGCGGUUGAGUUCGUGGCAGACUUUGACGGUUCAGCGUCGUUGUGGGCCUCGCGUGGUAUGCGCAGGGUCUCGUUUGCCAUCGGGACUGUCUAUUCGGCCUAGACGCGGUUUCCAGAGCACCGGCUAUUCUCGCGACUCCGCCGACGAGAUGACGCUGACGAGCGGCCUUCCCCGGUCCAAGGCAUGCAGGGCGCACGCGACAGCGCACUUGAAGGAGGUCAUCACGCCGGAGCUCCUCGAGAAGCUGCGGAGGUUUUGGUUCAAGCAUCUACACACUGAAGAAGCGUUCAUCUUGCCGCAGAAGAACCAGUUGGGGCGAUGGUUCUUCUCCGACGAGAACUUCGACGAGAGCUGCGUGAGAAAGUUCCGUCCGGCUCUAGAGGCCCUCAAGUCGUCGAGGGCGACUUCGAGAGACAUCAUCGCCAUCGUGAGGCCCAUCACGCCACUUCAGUGGUUGAGCCUCGUCCUGCUCCUGGACCAGAUCCCGCGCAACUGCUAUCGCGGCGCCGAAUCAUCCGUUGUGUUCAAGUUCUUCGACCCAAUCGCCCGCGACAUCGCUAACCAUGCCAUCAACGCCGGCGCGACAACGCACAACCGGACUAAGUAUCGGGUAGCGUAUCGCAUGUGGUUCUACCUCCCGCUGAUGCACUCGGAAGACCUCGCACUGCAUGACUUGGCGGUGGAGCAUUAUCAAAAGAUGAAGGAUGAUUUUGAGGAGCUCAUGGCAACGGACGGGUCUGCCGGAGACGACGAUCAGAGGAAGUGCUGGGGAGUCUUGGCGGUACAGAAAGAGACGGCGAGAGACCUGCUUGAAACCAAUUACGAUUUUGAGAUGAAGCAUCGAGACAUAAUCGCCCAGUUUGGAAGGUAUCCCCACCGAAAUCUUGCUAUGCACCGGCAGUCAACGCCAGAAGAGAAAGAGUAUCUCAGGACUGGGGGUGAAACGUUUAGUGGAGGAGGAUGA